AUGGCGCGUCUCCCCGCCCCGCGCCACCUCCCGAAUCCGCGAUACUCAUGCUCCGUCGCGACCCAAGAUCGGGCCCCCGCGGCCGUGACCCCCAUCAUGGAUGCCGAGGCCGCCGCCGCGGUCCUGAUACCGCGCCAAGACGCCGAGGAGUCGACGCCGUCCUCGUCGAGGUCAUCCCGCUCGACGACGUCGCGCACCUCGACCACGACGCCGCCGCCGGUGCGGGUGACGGUGGCGGAUUACUCGUACUUGGGGUGCUUCCAGGACGGCAGCAACCACAUCCUGACGGUCAAGUCGCAGUUCGACACGGGCAUGACGCCGGAGCUGUGCCGUAACCUGUGCCUGGUGGCGGAGUGCGGCAUCUUUGGCCUCAAGGACCAGUACAGCUGCUUGUGCGGGAGGGAGGUGGAGCCGUUUGCCGUGAGCGCGCCCGAGUCGGAGUGUCUGGAAAAGUGCCGCGGGAACACGGCGGUGGCGUGGCGCGGUACCCACGGCGGGCGGAAACUCGGACAACGGCUCGGGGGACGACUCUUCCCCGACUCAAACGACGACGGCAGCGGCAGCGGCAGCAACAACGACGGCAAGAAGGGCGGUGGUUUGGCCAGCGGCGCGGUCGCCGGCAUAGCCAUCGGCUGCAUCCUCAUCGGCGCCCUCCUCGCGGGCGGCAUCGGCUUCUUCUUAUUCCGGCGUCGCAGGAACGCGAAAAACGAGGCGUCGGGAUACCCGACCGCGAUCCCGCCUGCGUCCUCUUCGUCACCGCCUGCCUCGGGGAUGGCGGGGUCUAGCCUAGCGGGCCCCAAGUCGCAGCAUCCCGAGAUGGCAUAUGCGUCAUCUGACGUGGGCGAGCGUGCGACAUCGGAGUAUCAGCAACAACAGCAACAGCAACAGCAGCUACAACAGCCCACCUAUCAGUACGCCCCCAGGGUGUGUCUCCGCUAG